AUGCGCCUGUCGAAGAGACUCUCGUGCCACGCCCAAGAUGGGGGCUAUCAAAAAUCACGCACGCACCAAACAUCAAGAGACCAUCUCCCGGGGAUAUAUUUUUGCUUUUGUGGCCCCGUUUCCCGCCCCCUUUCCCACCCCCUCCCCACCCACCCACCCCCAUCCCCCACCCACCCAAACCUCCUUCCCCCACACCGCACACCUACCCCCCAAAACCCUCCCCACCCAUCCCCCUCCCCACCCCCCCCCUCCCCAACACCCUACAACCUACCCCCAUCCCCUCCACACCCGACCCCCUCCCCACAAACCCACACCUCCCCACAUCCCACACCUCCCCAUAUACGCCCUCCCCACAAACCACCCCCUCCCCACACCCACCCCCACCCCCUCCCCGCACCCACACCUCCCCACACCCCACCCCCCCUCCCGCCCACCCACCCACCUCCUACCCCACCCACCCCCAACCUCCCCACACCCCGCCUCCCCUCCCCAACCCAGCGCCUUCCCCACAACCCCCCCACCCCUCCCCCACCCACAACCGUCCCCACACCCACACCUCCCCACACCCAACCCCCUCCCCUCCCCCACACACCACACCUCCCCACGCCCACGCCCCCGCCUCCCCACAACCCACGCCCUCCCCCCACCCACCCCCUCCCCCUCCCACCCACCCCACCUCCCCACACCCACCCACCUAACACCUCCCCACACCCACUACCUUCCCCACCCCCACCCCACCCCCUCCCCGUAGCAACCCACACCCCCUCCCCACCCCCACCCCCUCCCAAAACCCCACCCUACCCCUCACCACCCAGCCCCCUCCCCACAACCACCCCACCCCCUGCCCCUCCCACACCCACUACCCUCCCCACCCCACCCCCACCCCCUCCCCACACCCACAGCCCAUCCCCACAACCCACCCCCCAUCCCCAAACCCCCACCUCCUCCCCACAACCCACCCCCCUCCCCAAAGAAACCCACCCCCCCACCUCCCCUACCCCUCCCCCUCCCCACAACCCACCCCUCCCCUCCCCACACCCACACCUCCCACAAAGGUCGCCCCCCUCCCCAGAACCCGCCCUCCCUCCCCACACCCCACCCCCUCCCCCUCCCCAACCCACCCCCCUCCCCAAACCCACACCCACCCCCUCCCCACAACCCACCCACCACCUCCCCACACCCCCCCUCGCCUCCCCUACCAAAAAACCCCCCCUCCCACCCACCCCACCUCCCCACAUCCCACCGCCCCCCCUCCCCAAACCAACUCCCCUCCCCCACCCAACCCCCUCCCCACCACCGCCACACCAUCCCCCGCCACCCACCCCCACCCUGCCCCCCACCCACCCGACCCUCCCCACACCCACCCCCUUCCCCGCCAAACCCAAACCCACCACCUCCCCACAACCCACCCCACCUCCCCGCCCACCCACCCCUACCUCCCCAACCCACCCCCACCCCCUCCCCCACACCCACACCCCCUCCCCACCCACCCCCCCCCUCCCCAAACCCACACCAUUCCCCCGCCACCCACCCACCCCUCCCCACACCCACCCCCUCCCUCCCCACACCCACACCUCCCCACCCCGCCCGGCCCCCUCCCCACCACCCCACCACCUCCCAUCAGCCCACCCCCUCCCCGCCCCAAACCCACACCUUCCCCACACCCGCACCCCCUCCCCAAACCCACACCUAUCCCCAACCCCACCCCCUCCCCCAUCCCCACACCCACCCCUCCCCACACCCCACACCUCCCCACCAAAAACCCCCCCCACCCCCGGCCCCUCCCCCACACCCACCCCACUCCCCACACCCACCCCCUCCCCAAACCCCCUCCCAAACCCACCACCUCCCCACAACCCACACCUCCCCAACCCACCCCCUACCCCCUCCCCACCCAACCCAACCUCCCCACACCCCGCCCCCUCCCCAAACCCACACCACCUCCCCACCCCCUCCCUACCCCCACCCACCCUCACCCUCCCCACCCACCCUCACCUCCCCAACAAUGCCCACACCUCCCCACAACCCACCCCCAUCCCCACACCGCCCCCCCACCCCCUCCCCCACGUACCCCCAACCUCCCCCGCACCCACCCCCUCCCCACACCCACACCCCCCUCCCCCCACCCACCCCCUCCCCACACCCCCCGCACCUCCCCACGAACCCAUCCCCUUUUGGUUUGGGGUCAAGGGAUAUCACCUGUUUAUGGAUAAUUAUUAUAACUCGGUAGCCCUGGCCCAGGAAAUGUAUGAAGCAGGUGGUCACGUCAGUGGUACCCUUCGGUUGGUGCGCGGGGCCCCAAAUGUCCUCAAGAGGUUCGCUAGUCAUCGCAACACCUGGCAAGAGGAGAGACAGAGUGGCGGCGGAAGGGUGCUGUCUUCGUCAUCUGUUGGAAGGGUGUCCGACUCUCUCCAUAAUUACGACGAGUCAUGA